AGUCACUUGGGCAGGUAGAGGAGAGCAGCCAUUUUAGCAGUCGUCUGUCUCUCAGAAAACAACACAGAACGGAAGAGAGUGCUCCUGGCUACCUGAACAGCAGCCUCCCAGGACAAGGAUAGUCUAUGAAAUGCACCUGGAUUUGCACACAAUAUGAUAUUGCACAGAAUAAUGUGUUGAUGACGGACUCAGUCUGUCUCCCUGACAGGAUUCAAGUGCAGGUUCCUCUGCAGACAACAGCAUGCCAGCCUCACCACAUCUGCCUUCCUAGUUGUUAAUAUUUAAAAACAAGAAAGCAAAUUCUUUAAAGAACUAGAAUGACUUCGGAAGACCUACCUUCUUACUCCAGGGCCACUCAGAGUCAGAGGAGGCUAGUUACCUACCUGGACCAUGACCUGGAUAAACCUUUAACCUUCCAAAGGCAAGUUUUGCCCUCACAGUUUUUAAAGCAGGAUUGUGACAGUGAUUCCAGCGAGGCCCUCCCUCUCCCGAGCACCCCCCCAGUCGGGGAUGUGAACAGCUCCGAAUCCAGAGGAACAGCCAGAAAACUGAUACCACAAUCCUGGGGCAACUUCUUCAGGAAGUGGAAGAAGGGAAGCCAUUCCCAGCAGGAUUCUUCUGAGAACUUCCUGCCAGACGGAAGUGGGAGUACCCCCCCGUUAAGCCCUCUAAUGGACCGCAGGAACUUUGGGGAGCACGGGGCCAAGCUGGACACCUGGGGGUCAAGCGUGUCGAAAGAACUUCUGCCUCCCUUCCCGGAUAGCUACACCGUGGACUACGACCAGGAGACCCCUUCGGUCUUCAGAGACCCCUUCAAGCCCUCUGCAGACAGCAUCCAUCCGGCAGAGUAUUACGCAGAGAAGAUGGAGGUCUACCAGCAGAAAUAUUCCUACAUGAAGUCCUGGCCUGGGCUGCUCAGAUUGUUGGCUGGGAUUGAGCUGAUCUUCGGAGGCAUGGUGUUUGCCUGUGUCUGUGCCAACAUCCAAAAAGACAGCCAAUGGUACAACAUAUAUGGCUACCAAGCCCAAAGUUACAGCUAUGGAGGGUAUUAUGGAGGACCAGGGGGGUACAGUUAUAAUGGGCCCAUGACCCCCUUUGUGUUGGUGGUGGUCAGUCUGGCUUGGCUUAUGACGGUCAUUCUGUUAGUGCUGGGGUUGACCAUGUACUACAGGACCAUCCUUCUGGACUCCCACUGGUGGCCUCUAACGGAGUUUGUGAUCAACCUGGUGAUGUUCCUCUUGUACAUGGCAGCAGGGAUCGUGUACAUCAAUGACAUGAACCGCGGGGGGAUGUGCUACCUAACCCUCGGAAACAACCCGCUGAUGUCCAACUUCUGCAGGGUGGAAGGGAGCCAGAUGGCCGGCACUGCCUUCCUGUUCAUCAACAUGCUGAUGUAUCUAAUCAGUGGCAUCGUCUGUCUGAAGAUGUGGAGACACGAGGCCGACAGGAGGCAUGCUGCGGUGUUUGGAUACGAGCCGCCCCCGUCUCCUGCCAGAUCCAGAUCCAAAAGGAUCGUGUUCGAGGACGAGCUGAGCCACGCUGGACGAGCCACCAAACAGAUCCACUUCUCCGAGGAGGGAGACAACCAGGCCGCCCUCAACCGGUCCAUCCCCGUCCCCAAACCCCACGUCAUCCCGGACUACAUCAUUAAAUACACAGAGAUCCAUUCCCCAGAGGACCGGGAGCAGUACAAGGCAGUCUUCAAUGAUGUGUACCCUGAGUACAAAGAGCUGCAUGUCGAUAUUCAGGCCAUGCAGAGGAAAUUCACUCAGCUGGAUGCCAUGAUGAGCAAGCUUCUACACAACACAAACAACCCCCAAGAGCACGAGAGAAUCAAGAGGUUACUGAAGGAGUACCAGAAGAAAAAGAAUGACUCUGUUGUGAUGGAGAAAAAGGAACGCUGUGAAUACUUGAAGGAAAAGCUGAGCCACAUCAAGGGGCGGAUCCAGGAGUUCGAUAGGAAGAACAUGGGAGGCAGUGCCGCGCAGUCACUGUGACCCGAGAUCUGACUGUCUCAGCCAGGCUCCUCGCCCCAGGGCCGUUUAUUUAAAAACUACAGUAACAACAUCCACCACUGACCACAGGCAUGCCGAGAACCAGCAAGCGCGCCCACUGCACACGCUUAUGUUAGAAGCCCUGCAUGCAAGCGCGUCUGAUGUAAAGAAGAGCUGUUUGAAAACUCCACGCGAUUUAAGUUUUUAUCAAGAA